AUGUCAAUCUCCUCUUCCGCCCCAAACGGGGUCAGCGAGAAUGGGAUAGAGUCUAUGAAGCCGGGGCCGACGUUUGAGAGGUUUGAGACGGUUCAGACUCGUGGUCCUCGAUUUACUGCACCAAGACCCCUUCCUACAGCGGCAACCUCGCUCCCUAUCGGAGCCUUCGCGACAACAUUGACAACGCUUUCCCUCAGCUUGAUGGAGUGGCGGGGAGUGACCACAACCAACGUCUAUAUCGCAAACUUCUUCUUCCUGGCUGCCUUCGGCCUAGUGAUCUCUGCGCAGUGGGAGCUUACUGGCGGAAAUGGCUUUGGAUACAGCGUCUUCAGUGCUUUUGGCCUCUUCUACGCAGGUUACGGUGCCAUCUUGACUCCGUCCUUUGGGGUUGCGGCAGCGUACGGUAAUGAUACUCGGCAGUUGAACAAUGCUCUGGGAUUCUUCAUGAUCAUUUGGAGCGUUUUCGUCUUAGCCUACCUAGUCGCCACCAUCCCGACAAACGUUGUUUAUAUCCUCAUCUUUAUCUUCGUCGAGCUGUGCUUUGUACUGGUUGCUGCUAGCUACUUUGCCGCUGCGGAUGGUCAUCACACUGCCUCGAUUGGGUUGAAGAAGAGUGGCGGCGUUUUCGCCUUUCUUGCUGGACUGCUCAGGUACUUGACUUUCCAUCUCUUGCUGAAGGAUUCUCUGAUAGAGUUGCCGUUGGGAGAUACAUCCCAGUAUUUCCCCAAGACCCGCAAGAAGACCGAGUAG